AUGCCAUUGACCGUGCUUUCCGAUUCGGACGUGCGUACCCUUUUACUGCAACUCACGAAGCAAGACAUUCUCGAUCUGCAGCAGAAUCUUGCGGAUGCGCUGCACCACUACUCUACCAGUACCGAAGAAGACGAUAACAAUGGGUGUUGUGAAAGUUUCCAGUCUGCAGGGACAAGCCUAAAGAGCAAAGAUGGUGGAUUAAUGACUGUCACGCCGGCAAGCAGCAACGAUGGUCUUGGUGUCAGGAUAACAACGCGACUGGAGUCGAGUUCUUCAGAUACGGCCUCUGUUACUUCGUCGAUGGACUCCCUCGCACUCUCCCAUUCGUCAACACCAGCAAGCAAGAGUUCGGCAACCACCGCAUCGAGAUCAACCUCUCUUUCUGCAUUCCAGACUUCUCCAUCAAAUGCCAGUCUAACUCUCUUUGACCGUUCUGGUAACCCUCGGGCUUUGUUGAACUCGUCAGAGAUGACAGCUUUCCGCACCGCCCUCGCAAGCACAAUGCUCUUUAAGAAGCGAGCAAACGUGCAUGAUGUGGUAGUGUUUGGAGCAGGAAAGCAAGCCUACUGGCACAUACGGCUCGCGCUCCUUCUCCGAGGCGACGACGUCCACCACCUCAAUAUCAUAAACCGAGACUUCGAGCGCGUGCACCAGCUACUGGAGAGACUAUAUAACCCACAUGAAGCGCCGCCAUCGAACUUCAAUCCAGAUCCAUCCUACGUUCCAACAUAUCGGAAGGCAGCAGGAGAAGGGGCGAACGAAGGACAACAAGACCUACAUCAAUAUCUACCUCGCCCCAAGAUACAGAUACUCACCCCAGGACACGGCGAGUAUCCACGUCUCCUCCAUGCCACUCUACGGUCCUCAAGCUGCAUUUUCCUAUGCACACAAUCUCCAACACCUCUGUUCCCCGCAGCCAUCCUCACAAAUCCCGAAGGCAGAAAGAAAGGUCGCUACAUAGCAGCCAUUGGUUCCCUCUCCCCUCACAGCACAGAACUCCACUCAGAUAUAAUCAAACAAAACGUAGCACCUGAGCACGGCCACCGACAUUUCCACAAACAUGCGCAACAAGGAGGCGCGAUAGUGGUGGACAGCGUGGACAGAUGCCUAAAGGAAGCUGGAGAGAUUGUGCAAGCAGGUUUGGGUCCGGAACAAGUCGUCGAGAUAGGCGAGCUGGUCAUGUUGAAGCGGGAUGCGGAGAGGAGAAGGAGAGAAUGUAUGGCUGGCAAGGGUAUAGAGGCUGAGGGGCUGGAUGUGGGUGGUGUGGAAUUGGGUGAAUGCGAGAUGAACAAAAACGAAAAGAAGAAGGCGAGCAAAGGCGGUAGUAAAGAGAAGGAGAAGCAUCGUGAGAGCGAGGACAAGGCGCACAAGAGUCUGAUUGAGUGGUUGGUCAAGGGUAAUGUGAUAUACAAGAGCGUUGGACUGGGCCUCACGGAUGUUGUAGUGGGUGGAGAUCUUGUCCGAAUAGCGGAUGAGCGCAAUAUCGGCACGAGGAUCGAGAACUUUUAGAAAGGGUCGUCGCAUCCAUCACUGG